AUGGCCAAUCAUCUCAAACCUUUGUUUAUAACAACAAAUUUUGGAGGUGUUCCUAUUCCCAAAGUCAUGGUAGAUGGAGGUGCAGCCGUUAAUCUUCUGCCUCACAGAAUGCUAAGCAAAAUGGGCAGAACAGAGAAGGACUUGAUCCCAACACGCUUAACCGUCACCAAAUUUGCAGGGGGCAUCACCAAAACUCAUGGGAUCCUAGAUGUAGAUGUCAUGGUUGGAAGCAAAGAGCUGAAGAUUGCAUUCUUUGUGGUAGACACCACUUCCACCACCUAUAAUGCACUACUUGGCAGGGACUGGAUUCACCAGAGUCUGUGUGUUCCCUCCACUCUUCACCAGCAAUUAGCUCUGUGGAAUGAAGAAGGUUACAUAGAGAUAGUAGAGGCCGAUCCACGGCCAUUUCGGCCUUCUGCCAUGUGUUUUGAGGCAAGGUAUUACUAUGAUGACCUUGGUCCUUUCACUUUCCUUGAAGUCAACCAGAAUGGCCAUCCCCAUGGUGUCACGGCCCAGAGGCUCAUUGAAGAUGGUCUAGCUAGUUCCUUAGAAGACUGGAAUAGACCUUUUGUUCUAAACCUCCAAAACUUUGAUGUUUAG